AUGACCUCGCUCAUCUCGUCCCUGUCGUGGAUCCCGCGCGGCGCGGCCGCGCAGCACCCGACCAAGUACCGCGUCGACGAGGACGAGCUUGCGCGCGUCCAAGGGCUCGCGAGGGGCCAGCUCGACGCGGCCAAGCUCGAGCUCGAGAUGGCUCAGGCGCUCGAGGCCGAGGCCGACCGCGACGGCGACGAGGGCGAGGGCUGGGAAGAGUGCGCGGCGGCCAAGGGCGGUGCGGCACCGGGCGGCAGCGGCGCGACGGGUGCGGCAGACGGCGAGGGCGACGAGGAGGACGACAUGGCCAAGUACAACCUGGACGCGUACGACGACGAGGUCAGCGGGAGCACGGCCAUGGGCGCGUUCAGCAACAUCAAGGGCUUGACGUACUACGGCAACAACGACGAGGACCCGUACAUCACGCUCGAGUCGGACGAGCAGCUCGAGCGGGAAGAGCUCGAGAUUCAGCCGACCGACAACCUCAUCGUCGCGGCCAAGACCGAGGACGACGUGUCGCAGCUCGAGGUGUACGUCUACGACGAGCGCGAGGAGAACCUCUACGUCCACCACGACCUGCUCCUGCCCGCCAUGCCCUUGUGCCUCGAGUGGCUCGACUUCUGCCCCGGCCGGACCGACGGCGACGCGAGCGACAAGGGCAACUUUAUCGCGGUCGGCACCAUGGACCCCGAGAUCGAGAUCUGGUCGCUCGACGUCGUCGACGGCCUGUACCCGGACGCGAUCCUCGGCCCGGCGCCCAAGGACCCGAACGCGCCCGCACCCGCACCACCAGUGCCCGACGUGGUCGCGACCCUCGGCGGCGACGGCUCGAAGAAGAAGAAGAAGAAGAAGGCCAAGAAGCCCAAGGUCGUCGCCAACGCCGAGUACCACGUCGACGCCAUCCUGUCGCUGUCGUGGAACCGCGCGCACCGCAAUCUGCUCGCGUCGUCGUCGGCCGACAAGACGAUCAAGCUGUGGGACCUCGCGCGCCCGACGUCGUCGCCGGCCCUGCGCUCGUUCGACUCGCUCCACGGCGACAAGGUGCAGAGCGUCCAGUGGAACCCCAAGGAGCCCACCGUGCUCCUGUCGGGCGCGUGGGACGGCACCGUGCGCGUGUUCGACUCGCGCGCGCCCGACUCGGGCGUCGGGACCAAGGUCGACUCGGACGUCGAGUGCCUGCGGUGGGACCCGUGGGAGCCUGCGUCGUUCCUCGUCUCGAUGGAGAACGGCACCGUGCAGGCGUUCGACAGCCGCAUGCUCGAGGUCGCCCAGGACGCCGCGAGCGUCAAGCGUGGCAAGAGCCUGUGGACCCUCGCCGCGCACGACUCGAGCGUGUCGAGCCUCGACAUCAACCCGCUCGUCAAGGGCUGCAUCGUCACGGGCGGCACCGACAACAUGGUCAAGGUGUGGAACGUGCAGGAGCAGGACGGCGGCAAGCGCCACAUCAGCCUCGUCACCGCUCGCGACCUCGGCGUUGGCAAGGUCUUCUCGGCGUCGUUCUGCCCCGACGACCCGACGACGCUCGCCGUCGCCGGCUCCAAGGCCAACCUGCAGAUCUGGGACACGGCAACCAACCCGGGCAUCCGCACCGUCUUUGGCGACCGCCUGCGCGCCCUCGGCAAGGACCUCAAUAAGAGCGGCGCGGGCAUCGUCGGCGUUGCAGACGACGACGAGGGCGACCAGGACUCGGACGACGAGUGAGGAGGCGACGAGCGGCAGGGGCGGGCGACGAGGACGACGGCGUGUGUGCCCUGUUGUAGCGACGCUUUGCGGCAACGACUAGAUCUCGUACCCAGAC